UUGAAUCUCUUUCUUCCACAUCAUUCUUCCCCGUGUUCACCUCCUGACCCCAGUCUUACUCCAUUUUUCACCCCCGGGUGUCGCCAAUAUCAAGAAGCACAAGGUUUACGAAACAAAUUCGAAGCCUGGCUACUCCUCGACCCGAUUAAUCUCCUCGCAAACUUGCGAUCGUUCGGUCAUCAACCCACCAUUUACGCCUCUGCUUUACGACUUGUCAAGGGAUUUUAUAUUUCAACAAUCACGAUUGUCGUCCGAAAGGGGGAUUUUUAUCAGCAACUUGACUAGCUACACACGACAAUACUGAGGUUGUGCUCAAUCCUACCAUGGCCCAUUACGUCCCAACCUCAUUCAAGCCCAUGCGGUCUUUGGUGGCGGCAGCAGGUAUACAAUUGUCUCCAUCUCCGUCUUCGGACCACAAUGAGGGGACAUUCGAAACCGAAGAUGGGGAGCUGCUCUUGGGUAAUAUCAUCAUAGAUGAGUUCCCAGCAGAUGGUGACCGUCCACCUGUCAAAGGUGAACAUUUUCAACCACCUGGGCUAUUCAACACAUCUAUGAUGCCGACGAUUGUCACCACAGACGGCAAGUUACAUGUGGAACUCAAGACAAAAGAUGACAAGGCAGCCAUCUCCGAGAAAGGUCAGGGAGAAGGGCUGAUGUUACCUCAACAUGUACUGUUGGAGACUUCUUCGGCUGUGCAAGCCGCUGAAGAUGGUGGUGAUGACGGGGAAGAAGGAGAUCACUCAUUAGGAGGGGAUGAUUUCUGGGAAGGCCUUCACUUUGUUGAUGAUGAUAUUAUCAGAGGUUCAAGAAGAUACUUUAAUCCUGAGCCUGAGGAUAACCUGGAAGUAGAAGCGACCUUUCUUGCGACAGCGGAUUCCAGAAAGGUCUGUCAAAAUUGCAAGCGCCCCGGUCACCAAGCUUCAAAGUGUCCACAUAUCAUUUGUACAACCUGUGGAGCCAUGGACGAGCAUGAGCGUCGCGAUUGUCCGCUUAGCAAAGUUUGCUAUGGAUGCGGUCGACGAGGUCAUCACAAAUCCGAAUGUCCAGACCCCAUUUCCAGGAAUAAGCGAUGGGCAGGUUGUGAACGAUGCGGGAGUAGAGAGCAUACAGACAAAAACUGCCCUACUCUGUGGAGGAUUUACACUUACCGCUCAGAUUCCGGCCGACGUGAGACAAUCAAGCUGAAAGAAAAAGCCGAAGGAUGGGUGAAGGAGGCCAUCGGCGGCGACGCGAUGGAGGAUUGGUGCUACAACUGUGCUAGAACAGGUCAUUUUGGUGAUGACUGUCCCCAACGCCGUGGUUCUCUAGUUCGGCUUACGGCUCCUUCGGCAUUCUCGCGAGAGAUUGCACGACGCGGACCGUUCUUCUCUGCUCCAAAAUCUUUCUUACCUAAUCCCACUCAUUCUCGAUGGGAAGAUGACGACCCUUCGGCCAUACCCUAUACUAGUGCUUAUGACUCGUUUGCUGGAUCCAAUGCUGGUCGUAGAGGGCGAGAAAAGGAGAAGCAACAAAUGAUGGCACGCGAUACCGAUUUUAAUGAUGAAGACGAUUGGUUCAGUGGUGACCGAAAUCGCAAUAUUGGAAAGGGCGCCGGCACGCCACGAAACAAUCCACGAGGAGGAAGGGGUGGGAAACGUCCUUGGGAUUCAGAAAUGCGAGGGAAGGAAUGGGACAGGGACAGAUACGACCGUGAACGGGCUUCCCGAGAAUUCUUUGAUCGAGAUCGUGAACCUCCUCGCUCUCGUGGGCAAGCUCCUCCUAGACGUCGAUCUCGUUCUCCCAAUCGCCGAGAUGGCUCUCGUGACAAUGCUGUCCAAGAGACUGCACCUAACUCUGCUCCACCCAAAGCAGUCUAUAGGCCCGCGAUCAACAUACGAGACCGGGCGAUAGAUUCCCCUUCUGUGCGCGAAGGUGAACGCGGAGCAAAAGCCGGAUCGAAAGCCUUAGUGUCCCGCGCCUUGAGCGGCCAGAAUAGUAGUAACUCUACACCUCGUGGCCAAAGGUCUUCCAAUUCGCCUUCGGCCCUUCCAUCCUUACUGAGUAGAAUUGAAUCACCCACUCCUUCAAAUUCAACUUCGCGUAGCAGGAAAGGUCGUGGGAAAGAACAAGAACGGGACUGGGAAAACGAGUGGAGAAGACGGGGAAACGGUGGCGGCAAAGUGGCUAAUUGGGGAAAGGAUCUUGACAAGGAAACCGAGGGGUUGUCCUUGAAGAAGAAGACAAAGGAUGACAUAAGUAGAGGGAGUAGCGGGCAGAAAUAUUACGGCGGUUAUAUGUAAUGUGACCUCGUACAGCCUGCGUUUGCCAUACUCUUACCGUUUUUCUUGUCCUUUGCACAGUCGAAUCUUCUUUUUACAAUAAUGUUGGAUUCUUAAUCAACUUGCUUCGCCAUACUGACGACAGGCUGUACACUACAGUGGAGAUCUAGCAAAGUAUACAUGGUUUUGAAAGUCCAAUCCAGCAAUGUCGAAUCGCUACUCGACUUCAAGAAUGGGUACUCCAUGCAUGCGUACUGAACGCGUGCGAGCAAAAUGACUGUCUUGCAGAUGAUAAGCAGCUGUACUUAUAAAAGGG